AUGCACGUUUACGAUUGGGUUUGCAUAUCUUCGUCUCUGUUUUUUGAACUUUUCGUGGGCUGGUUAGCUCGUUUCUCCGCAGACCUGCUCCCAGACGCUCGGUCGAGUCUGAGCGGGACUCGCUUUGACAAACGCAGAACCGGAACCAGAACCAAGUCAGAGUCUCAAACACACGGACAGAUUGACGAUGAGACAAACUCGAACCAGGACAGAGACGCAAAAGAUGAUGAAACCCCCGCAGCAGAACCGGGACUCGCACGAGAACUGUUCCGGGUUCCAGCUGCGGAAAAUCUCCUCCCUCGUGGAUCAGUUCUCCAGUCCAGGUUCUCCUCGGUGUCGUCGGUUCUGGUUCAUAAGAAGAUAAACUUGGGGGAGUCUGUGGUUCUGUGGGAGCACGAGCGUUUCAGCCUGAGGAGGAUCCCCGGCCUCACGCUGAGCCGCCUGGAGGAGCCCAGCGACCCGAGCCGCCGCUCUCUGCUCGACACCAGGUGUGUCGUGGACCUGCAGAGGCUCAGGAGAAACGGGGAGAUUUUGGCUGAAACUCUGGGACGAUUCAUGUUCAACCUGAGUCACAUGGGCUCUGCCUCCGACCUGCAGCUGUUCACAGGAAAACUGGUGAGAACAUCUCCCUCUACUGGAGGAAACACAACAUGACAACCAGACUAAACCAGGACUAAACCAGGUCUAAACCAGAACUAAACCAGAACUAAACCAGGACUAAACCAGAACUAAACCAGAACU